AUGCGCGCCAUGUCGAUCUCCAAAUCUUUCAGGCCGGAUCUCUUAGGCAGACCGUCGUCGCUCUGCGCCUUCUCCUGCCGUCUCCACACCUUAUGCCCUGCUCAUUUCUUUCAAUCUUCCCCGCGUCCGCAAUCCGUAGGGAACUUCCAGAGGCGGAGGAAGCAAGUGGUUCCGGUUCGAUCCUCGCCCUCUGCCGAACUCUCUACCACGGAGGAGGAGUGGCUUAAGAAGCUCCCAGACAAGAAGAAACCUCUCUACUCCCACAGCCUUCCCUGCGUAGAGGCGUGGCUCAAAAGCCUGGGCUUCUAUCAGAGCAGGGAGGACAGGGCCGUCUGGUUCGUCGAGAAGCCCAAUUGGCACGCCCAGCUCUCCCUCGACAUCACGGAUCUCUCUAUAAGGUAGAAGCCCGAUUUGUCCCGUUUGAGAUGCUCUGUUGGUUCCUAAAGUGGUGUAUUCUGGUUUAUUUAUCCCAUUCAAUUUUAGCUUUUUCAGGAUUUUUUUUAUGAUUACCGUCCUCGUCUGUGUCCCGCGUCUUCUUCCUCUUUAAUUUUCUUAAAUGUUUGUAUCUACAUGUUGUCCUGUGCUCCCAAAAUCUAUACUUGUCCGAUUGAGAGAUCAAUCAGAAGAUUCGUCUUUUGAACGAGGUGCUAAAGAUUUGAGAAUGAUAGAGUAAGCGGAAAAGUUGCAUCUUCAUAGGGGAUAUAGUGUUCCGAUAGGCGUAUUGAGGAUGCCGUUAUGCGGUUGUGGAACAAUGGUGAUUUAAAGUUUCGUUAGAAGCGCAUUUGACCGGGAAAUUUAAUAGAUUACAACAGAUAUAUAAUUUGAUCUCCCCCUACUGAUGAGACUGGUCUGUCUUGUUUUGGAUCUGGUUGGAUUGACUAUUUUCUAUGUUCAAGUUCUUUCGGUGGGGGAAGGCAGCCCAAACUGAGUUGAUAAAUCAGAACUAAGCUUUUAAAAGUAGAUAUCGGAAACCGGAGGCGAUUGAUAAAUAAAUUAAAGGUUAAAAGUAGAUGUUGCAAACUUGAUUUACCUGAUUUUUAACUUCUUUCUUAUGUUUUAUACUUUUCUCUGAACCGUGAACGUAAAAGGAAGAAGCUUCUUCUGUGUUUUUCCUGUUCUGAAUCGAUCAAUUUAUAUCAUGUCGUCUUGCUAGCUGUGAUACUUUGGGUAAUCUUUUGAUCCAUGAUAUAAUGUUGAUCGAAAUUCAGGCGUUCAUGCAUAGUUAUAAAACUGGGACAGGACCCUGGUUGUGAUAAUUGCUGCUCUACCCUAACCUCUGGAACAUCUAGUGGAUGGGUUUCUGAUAUCUGCGAGGCUAUGAGAGGCAAUGGAAAUUAAUGAUUCUAAAUUUUUAUUCUAUAGCAGGAUUUUUAUUUCAUGCAAUCAUUAUUAGUUUGAGGACAGGGAUAAUAGAACUAGAGUUGGCAUUUUGACUGGGUGGUUAUUGCCAUUCUUUAGGGUGAUUGAUGCACAUGGUAUACUAAGGAAUCAAAUAGUAUCUGAAAACUAAGUCGUCAUUUCUGGAGAUGAUUACACCCUAGAAAUUCUUAAACUGUGCUGCAUGGUGGUUGAUGUACAUUUAGGAAGUAUGUGUGCGGCUCAGUUUAGCUUCAAACUUUCGUGAAACGUGCUGUGAUUUGAUCUGUGUUUAGGAAAUAUGUCUGUUACUGUGUCUUGGCCACAUGCUAGUACACUAUUUGUAUAUAUUACAUGAAUUCUUUAUAGCAUAUAGGCCACAUAUAGCUUUUUUUCGCUGCAUAUGGGGAGUUCUAUUGAAUUUUGACCUUAAAUUUCUAACAUUUGAUGAAAUUCUGCGGACUCUUGCCUAGGUAUUUGAAGAUUGGCCCGGGAAAUCUUGAUAAAGAUGUGGAGAGGAGAUUUAGCUAUGCGUUGAGCAGGGAAGACAUUGAAAAUGCUAUCCUUGGCGGGCCGUAA